AAAAAAAGGAGCCGAGAGGGUCAUAGGUAUGGCGGCUUUUAGGGCAGGAUUUCUCUUUCUUUCUGAGGCAUGACAUACUCCAAAUUAACUGGUUCAAGAGCUUCUGGGAGAUCUUCCUGUUUCUACCUUCCAUUUUCCCAGGUAUUUCAGAUGGGAAAGUUGACAACUAUGCCCGCGGGUCUGAUAUAUGCAUCUGUAAAUGUACAUCUGGCCAAAGAAGAGGAACCCAAAAAGCAGCUAGUAAGACCAGAACAGCUCCCCAUAUAUACUGCACCACCUCUCCAUUCUAAAUAUGUUGAAGAACAGCCUGGUUAUUUACAAAUGGGCUUUGCAUCAAUCCGUACUACAGCUGUUCGUUAUGUUGGCUGGUGCAAGGGUGUUUAUAUCUUUAUGAAGAAUGGGAUAGUGGAUACAGUACAAUUUGGUAAAGAUGCAUAUGUCUAUCUGAAGAAUCCUCCUCAAGAUUUUUUUCCUAAACUGGGAGUGAUUACAGCUUCAGGACUGGCGGGUUUGGUCACAGCAAGGAAAGGUUCUAGGUUUAAGAAGAUUGCUUAUCCACUAGGAUUGGCCUCAUUAGGAGCAACUGUUUGUUAUCCAGCUCAGUCAGUAAUAAUUGCAAAGAUAACAGGGAAAAAGGCAUAUACUACAAGCCAGCAAAUUUAUCACGCCAUUAAGUCAUUGUGGACAAAAAGCAGUGAAAAAGAAUCACUCCCCGAACCAAAGGAAGGAACUAAGGUAGGAAGGUCUGAUGAAAUACAUGCCAAAACUCCUGACUCGAAACAUUCAGUGUCUUUUCCAAAAGAACUUGCCUCUGCAACAAAGGUUAAAUCGGAAUCUACUGCAGCCACUACACAGUUUCUACCUGACCCCAACCUCAUGGAUCAUGGGCAGUCUCAUCCAGAAGAUAAAGAUAUGUACAGCACUAGAAGCUGAAAUGGACUACAGUGGGAGCCUGUGGAGAGAUCCGCAAGAUGUACCAAGUGGGAAACAAUGGUGAAAGAUCAUGUAAUGGAUGGGUAACUGACAGCAUGACUCUACAUGUUCCCAUGUUUAAUUCCAAAUAAACAGUUUGGCCAAUGAUGCAAGUGGUUAAAACACAAAUUAAUGAAUACAACACAAGUAAUAUUAAGAGAUUAAUAAGGCAACUGAAGUAGAAGUACUAGGAGAAUAUAUGUGACUUGUAAGAGAAUUUAUUAGAAAGCAAAAUAAGGUGAAGAUAUGAACAUCAGUAAGACUAAAAUAUGAAAAUAUGCAUAUGCAAAUAUACAUAUUUAUACAUGUGAAUCUGCUUCAGUUUUCCCAGUUUAUUCUCAGUUAACUUAGAGUGGUGGAUAGAAGGAUGUGGUUUUUUUUUCCCCAGAGCUGAAAUAAAAUAUCCAUAUUUUAUGGCA